AUGGGGGCAAACAGGAAGUUACAGCAGGAGAUUGACAGAACUUUGAAGAAGGUUGCAGAAGGAAUUGAGGUCUUCGAUCAGAUCUGGGAGAAGGUGUAUGAUGCGGAUAACCAUCCACAGAAAGAGAAGUACGAAGGGGACCUGAAGAAGGAAAUCAAGAAGCUGCAACGCUUCAGAGAUCAGAUUAAGACAUGGAUCUCGGGGACCGACAUAAAGGACAAAACAGAUCUCGUGGAAGCACGAAAGAAGGUGGAGCGGCAGAUGGAAAGGUUCAAGGUGUGCGAGAAGGAGAUGAAGGUGAAGGCCUUCUCAAAGGAGGGUCUGGGUCAGGCUACCAAGCUGGAUCCCAAGGAAAAGGCAAAGAAUGAGAUGAGGGAGUGGAUCAACGAGACGGUCGACAAGCUCACGGCAGAGAAUGAGACCUUUGAUGCGGAGAUGGAGAGCCUGGCCAACAACAACAAAAAGAAGAACAAGCUGCCGCCGCGACAUUCGCACUUGGAGGAGAGCAUCGUGCGCCACAAGGCUCAUGUCACAAGGCUCGAGCAGAUGCUGCGGCUGCUGGACAAUGAGGCCCUUGAACCUGAUGACAUGACGGACAUCAAAGAAAUGGUGGAUGACUACAUGGACCGCAACCAGGACUCUUUUGAUGAAUUUUCCGACCCAGACCAGGCCUACGAAGUCAUCCUCGAACAGCUGGACGGUUUGGAGGCGACGCUGCCGGUCACAAUGGCGGUGACGCACGUGAAGGCAAAGGACCCCAAGGAGAAGGAGAAGGAGAAAGAGAAGGAGCGCGAGAGGGAGAAGCAGCUGGAGAGGGAACGCGCUGCUGCCCAGGCCGCCAAGCAGCAGCUGGCCGCCCAGGCUGGCAUCAAACUGGAGGAGACGGACCCGUCGCCCGAGAAGCCGGCCGCACUGCCGCGCAAGGCGUCCGAGGCGGGCGCGGGCCCCAAGCCGCCCAAGGAGCCUGUCACGCCCACCGGCCGCACCGCCAUUGCCGUCAACACAAAGGCCGACACCCCCACCGCCGCCAGCAAUGCGCCCCCCACCCCCGUGCGCGUGCAGACCGCCUUCUCCCCGGGGCCCACCUCCCCCAUGGCCUCCCGCCAGGACCACAUCGCUGGCUCCUCCCGGCAUACCUCGUUGGACACAAGGGAAGACGUCGCAACCACGCCGCUGGCAGCGCCGCCACCGCCGCCGCCGCCAGCUGCCCCUUCUCCUGCUUCGUGGGCAUUCCCAGGAGACUCAGAUGGCUUUCCGCAGUUGGGGCAGGCGCAGCUGCAGCAGGAUCAGCAGAGACGCGCAGCAGCUCAGCGAGGCGCUCAGCCAGCUGGCGCAUUACAGACCAGCUUGCCCGACAAGGCAGCGCAGCCCGCUGCAAUGGCGACAGCCAAUCAGAAGCUGCUCUUUGCAAACGCAGUCGCAGGGCGGCCGUCUGAGCUGGGAGGGCAACCAGACGAUGCCCAGCAGGUUGCUCUGGCAGGGAAGGAUGAUGGGAAGUUGGCGGCUGCGCUGCUGCCACCGGGGCAGGUGGGAGAGCUGCUAGGAGGCCAGGGCGGGCGAGCAGCGCCGGCCGUUCUGGGGCCCAUGGCAUCCCCCCAGGACACCCUCAAGCUGCUCACUGCAUGCUCCGAGCGGUGCAAGCCGCAGCUGGCGGACAGCCAGUGGCAAACGGUGCCGCCGCGGCUGCGGCCGUUCCCGGGCGGCGUCCCGGCCUCCUACCCCACCGAGAAGGCGCCCAUGGUGCAGCACCCGGCCCUCUUCGAGCGCCUGGACACCGAGGCGCUCUUCUUCGCCUUCUACUACCAGCCGGGGUCCUACCAGCAGUACCUGGCUGCACGCGAGCUCAAACGCCAGUCCUGGCGCUACCACAAGCAGCACGCCGCCUGGUUCCAGCGGCAUGAGGAGCCAAAGACGGCCACAGAGGAGUAUGAGCAGGGGACGUAUGUGUACUUUGACUACAACAUUGUUCACGACGACCAGCAGGUCGGCUGGUGCUACCGCCUGAAGCAGGACUUCAUGUUCAAGUACGACGCCCUCGAAGAUGAAUUGCGCAUCGACUGA